AUGACGACGCUCAAGGACAGCGUUGGGGCCGUUAUUACUACCACCAUGAUCGUGGGCGUCAUCAGUGCCACACGGCAGAACCGGGUAGCCCUGCCCUUCAGGGACACUUGCUGCUUCCCAGGAUGCUCACCUGUUCUGAGGAUCCUGGCGCUGGCUGGCUACGUGACAUUUCCAUCUCAAGACAAUGACUUGACUGCCUUUGAGUACUCACUCAGCCCGCUGAGAUCUAGACGAGGAAGAGAGGAGCGAAGGAAAAGGCGCCGUGAGAAGAACAAGGUCGCAGCCGCCCGAUGCCGGAACAAGAAGAAGGAGCGUACAGAGUUUCUGCAGCGGGAGUCAGAGCGGCUGGAGCUCAUGAACGCUGAGCUGAAGACCCAGAUCGAGGAGCUGAAGCAGGAGCGGCAGCAGCUCAUCCUCAUGCUCAACCGCCACCGCCCCACCUGCAUCGUGCGGACCGACAGCGUCAGGACGCCCGAGUCCGAAGGCAACCCACUGCUGGAGCAGCUGGACAAGAAGUGACUGCGGGCCAGGAGGAGGAUGCGGAGGAGGAGGGAAGAAGGAGGAGAGGCAAAGAGGGAGGAGGAGGGGUCCUGGAGGCCCUUCCUCAGCACAUCAGAAACUAUGCGAUGAGGCUCAGCCAGCCAGCACCAGGCAGGCUUUCUUGUGAAACUCAGAUCGGCCACACGAGGAGAAGAGCGGCCUGAAGACACCCAGUGGGAACAAGUGCUGAGACCAAAGUUGACCCGUGAGUGGCAGGGCUGUCCUGCCUAGGGUCCAGCUGGAAGGAGGCAGGAUGGGACACCUGUGCCAGAGAGAUGCCCAGCCAGGUAGCCUCGGGCACAUCUCUGGCCCCUCUGCCAAGAUACCCACCUGAGGGACCACCGAGCAGCCAGGAAAAGCCAUGAAUUGCAACCAAAAUGAAGCUGAGGAUGGAACUCAGCGUGAACUGCAGUCCUCCUGGCCUGAGUCUGCCGGGAGGCUGGAGAGGGGCACACGGGGGCCCUGCUGCCGGGCUAGGAGGCGGCAGCCAGGCCACCCUUGUGGCCCUGCAGGGUCGCUGUGGGCACUGAGGCGCGGGCGCCCUUCCAAAGCACAUACUCACCGAAUGUUUACAGACUGGCUGUCCUGGCAGGGCUGC